AUGGAGGAGGGCAGGAAGCCCAUGAGCGCGGCGGAGCGGAUGUCUGCCACGGGCUCCGUGGUGUCGCGUGGCGUGGGCGCCAAGGCGGAGGCAGCGGCGCCCAAGGCCAAGGCCAAGGCGGCGAUGGCGUCCAUGGGGUCCAGGCCGUUGCCCUCGGCGCCUUUCCAAGCGGCGCCCGCCAGCGUGCUGAACAUCGUCAGCGGCAAGCCCGUGGCUGCCGGCGCCUUUGCCUCCGCCACCUCGGCCUACACCAGCAGCAUGGGGCCCGCCAGGACCUACGCCAAGAGCGCGGGCGGCGCGCUCUCCGGUGACAUGCCCAAAGCGGGGCCUCCCGCUGUGGCGGUGGGCCGCGCCCUCGCCGAGGGCCGGGGAGGCGUGUACAUGGUGAACGGCAAGCCGACCACCCGGAUCAGCAAGAAGUACCAGCUGGUCUUCGUGACGGGGGAGGUGGCGCCCUUCAGCAAGACCGGGGGCUUGGGGGAGGCCAUGGAUGGCCUGCCGAUCGCGCUGGCGGCGUUGGGGCACCGCUGCAUGGUGAUCUCCCCCCGCUACGACCAGUACGCUGAGGCCUGGGACACCGGAUACUGGAGCCAUGUGACCAUGGGCGGCAAGCAGGAGCCCGUGCACUUCUUCCACUCCUUCAAGCAGAAGGUGGACUACGUCUUCGUGGACCACCCCACCUUCCUGGAGCGCGUGAACGGGCUCACCGGCGCCAAGCUCUACGGCCCCGAGUGGGGCAAGGACUUCGCCGACAACCAGGCCCGCUUCGCCUACUUCUGCAAGGCUGCGUUGAAGGCCAUCCAGGAGCUGCCUCUGGGGGGCGCCUGCUAUGGUGGGGACUGCAUGGUGGUCUGCAACGAUUGGCACAGCGCCCUGGUGCCCAUGUUCAUCCACGCGGAGAAGUCCACCACUGGCAAGUGGCAGAACACCAAGUCCGCCUUCCUGUGCCACAACGCUGUCUUCCAGGGCCGUUUCGUCCGGGAGGAGGGCCUCGCGGAGAUCUUCGGGGUGCCUCAGCGUUACAUCGACAGCAUCACCUUCAAGAUGCCGCUGCGCAUCGGCAAGUACAACGAGAAGGUGUCUUGCGUCAACACCAUGGCAGCGGGACUGAAGUACUCGGACCGUGCGCUCACUGUGUCUCCCUCCUACGCGGUGGAGUGCUGCCGGGACCCUGAGAAGGGCGUGGAGCUGGAGAAGCUCUUCGAGCUGGGCAAGUGCACAGGAAUCCUGAACGGCGUCAAGGAGGGCGUGUCGCCUGCGGACAAGAACUUCGUGACGAAGACGAUGAUGACCUGCGGCCCCUUCAACGCCGUGAACUGCGACGUCGCCAAGACGGAGCUGAAGGCCACCUACCGCGCGCAGAACAACCUCACGGCAACCACGGGGCCGCUCAUGUGCUUCAUCGGACGCCUGGACGCGCAGAAGGGCUACGACCUGUUGCUGGAGUCGUUGGUGGAGAUUCUCGAGGACAGCCAGAUGCAGAUCGUGAUUGUGGGUGCCGGCCGCGCCGACCUGGUGGCGCAGACCAAGGCUGUGGAGAAGAAGUACCCCAACAAGUUCUUCUACGCCGGCUGGAUGGGCCCCGAGAGAUACGCCCUCUUGGCGGCCUGCGACUUCACCCUGCUGCCCAGCAGGUGGGAGCCCUGCGGCCUGGUGCAGAUGGAGGCCAUGCGCUUGGGCACGCUGCCCAUUGUGGCGCCCACCGGCGGCUUGAAGGAUACCGUGGAGGACGGUGUCAACGGCAUCUGGACGGACAGUGAGAUGUCUGUUGAGGCCGUCAUCGAUGAGGAGUCGGUGGCCUCCAUCAGCAAGGCCCUGAAGCGCGCGGAGAAGCUCUUCGUGGGGGAGCCCGCCAAGGUGGUGCAGAUGAAGAGGGCGGCCAUGGCCGCCGCCGCGGAGUUCACCUGGAGCAACGCGGCCCUGCAGUACGAGGCCGUCUUCGAGGAGCUGGGCGUGAAGAACACCCUCCCUCAAGGCGCCACUGCGGAGGUGACACUUGAGACGGACAAGCAGGUGUGCUAG